AUGGCUUCAAACCGGGAAACCGAGGCUGAAGGGCCUCAAAUCCGAAAAGACAGUCUAUGCCGGGCCGGAUUCUUGGAUCUUCCUCGGGAGCUGCGCGAUCUCAUCUAUGAAUUUGCACUGCGAGUAGCCGGCGCCAUCUUCAUCUUCUCGCAAGAUUCCUAUGGCUAUCGGCCCAUUCUCAAAGCACGAGUCGUCAAAUACAAGAACGAUGGGCCGCCCGAACCCCAGCAUAUAGAUGAAGCCAUUCCAGUAGGUUUGCUGAGAACGUGUCGACAAAUCCAUUCCGAGAGCACCGAAGUACUUUACAGUUGUAACAUCUUCCGCCUAUACAUGUCCAAUGCGGAUUUCGCGCCUUCGUACUGCUCUUUUGUGCGCCAUAUCACUUUUACCAUGGAGGCGGGCAGAGGCAUAUAUAGCGACGACCGAGAGACCAUGGGGUACUGGUGGAGGAGGGUGUUCUGGCCGAAUAUCCUUGAACGGAGUGCCAACCUGCUGCGGCGGUUUCCUAACCUGGAAACACUGACGUUCCCAAUAAAGUCAAAUCAAGUGGGACAUACCUGGCGCCCUGCGUUUACGGUGGUGGAACAAAAGACGAGAGAGCAGCGAAUCGAUCUUGCAGCUCGAUGGUUGAAGGUCAAUUGUCCAUUGGCGGGGACACGGCUUCGAGAUUGCUUGCGCCUGGAAAUUAUGCCCUCCGCUGGCUUCUCAAAAGAUGAAUACAAAGGCUCAUGGUUCUUCCCAGAAGAUGAUGAAGAUGAGUGGGACUACACUGAAUUUGCGGAAGCGUUCGACAUGAUGAAGCGCCUGUAA